UUCGGAACGUCAAUUUACGAAUGUUGAUUUUUUGUGGAAAAAAAUUGUUUCUAUUCGUUAAAUAAAUAGAAAAUGCAGUAAUAAGUGUAAAAAUGGCAGAUGAAGCAAAGAACGAAACUGUGGACCUUUCGAGGCGUGGGUUGAAAAAAAUAGAGAAAGCGCCCGCAGAUGAAUCUAAGACGAUUAUUAAUUUGAUCCUCGAUCAGAAUGAGUUGCAGCGACUCGACAAUAUCGACACAUACAGCCGGGUUGAGAAUUUGUCAAUAUGCAACAACUUUCUACUCCGUAUGCAUGGAGUGUCCCGCCUGACUAACAUCCGAGUGCUGGCCCUCAAUAACAAUGGCAUCCUGCAGAUAGAGGGGCUGAAGGACCUCAUAUAUCUCAAAGUGUUGAAGUUAGCCGGUAACAACAUAAAAUCCAUAGAACAUUUGAACCACAACAUGCAUUUGGAGCAUCUGGACUUGUCUAACAAUCAGAUAUCAUUCAUUGCUGAUAUAUCUUACUUGAAGAGCUUAAAGCAUUUAAAUCUGGAACGGAAUCGAAUAAUGGAUCUGAGGCAGUGCGAUCGUUAUUUACCGCCGAACCUAGAUCACCUUGGCCUAGGUCACAACAACAUACAAGACCUGAAUGAGAUAUGCCAUCUGGUACACCUCAGCAAACUAGAGAGUUUCACCAUACAGGGAAAUCCUUGCGUCGCCAUGGCGGGGAAAGAUAAACUAGGUUUCGACUAUCGUCCGUUCGUGCUGAAUUGGAUAAUGAGCGUCAAAUCCAUCGACGGAUUCGUCGUCAGCGCUAUAGAAAGUUUGAAAGCGGAGUGGCUGUACAGCCAAGGUAAGGGUCGUCACUUCCACUCGGGCCAGCAUCAGGAGUUGUGCGAAUACUUGGCGUCCACCUGCCCGCUCACUGCGGACGCACUGGAGACCGAAGACCAGAGGAAACUGCGUCUUAUACUAAGCAAGGCUCAACAUCACCAGCAACAACUGAAGGACCAGAAUCACAGUCCAUUGAAACCGAAGUUACAAUCGCCGCGGAUGCAAUCCCGCAUAUCGACUCGUCACAUGGGUCGCUCGCCCGACCGGCUCACGUCCAGCUACCACGCGGCGCUCCCCAAGUCCAGCUCGCCCUCCCACAUGUCGCACUCCUGCGCCGGCGAGCUGCCCGGCGCGCCCGCCUCCAUGAGCCACAGCUUCGACUCGCCGGGACUCAUGUACGCGCUCGACAAGCGGGAACACAGGGAGAGGCAGGAGCUGCCAAAACCAGUGAACCAAUCCCUAGAAGCAGCGUCAAAGAUGGUACCUGUACCAGAAUCCCUGAUGAGUCCCGACUACCAAGAUCCGAUAUACGACAUCCAAAGAACCAUACCAAAACCGAUCAAUUCGGCCAACAGCGUCUCAUCGCAGUCCAGUAACAGCAGCAUACAGGACGAUAAACCCAGGAACUUGAGUCAACCAAACUCGUUGAAAAACCUCAAAGGCUCACCGAAGUUGACUAAAAGUGCCACGUCGUCUCCCAAGUUGAAGACCAAAAUGGAGCAACGGAAAGGCAGUUUAACUAAACUCGAUGUUAGAAACGAAGAGAAGAAGUUAAACGGAAUGAAAGACGGUCCCGACGAUAUUGAACAGGACAAGUUAGAGAUAAUCAAGCUGGCGUCGAAUCAACGGCGGCAGAAGAAGAUGAGCGUGGAGUCGAUGGCGGCGGUGACCAUACAGAAGAUGUGGCGCGGGUACCGCAGCAGGAACCUCAACAAGGACACGCUGCGGAUCCUGCAAGCCAUACAGGCCGCCAGGGCUCGCCAGCACAUACAAAGGUUGACGUGCGAUAUGGAAGCUACUAAGGCAGCGUUGGAGAGCGAGCGAAAAAUACAACAGCUACAGAUGCAGGCCAUCAACGCGCUCUGGAAGAAAGUCUCCACACUGCAGGCUGCCGAGAGCAAGCACAAGCUGUCGGACACGGAGGAGAACGGGGACGUGUUGCGGCAGCUCACGGAGACUUGCUUCAGUCUGCAGGCGCAGGUGGUGGAGCUGCAGGGCAGCAUGCAGGAGGUGUUGCGCGCCGUGUCGCGCGCCCGCGCCGAGCCGCGCGCCACGCAGACCGACAUCACCGCCGUACUCACGCCGCAGGAGGAGCGGUGCGGCUGGUUGCGGCGGCCGCAGUCCCUGGCGCUGAGCAACAACACCGCGCCGGACAGCCACCCCGCCGACCCGCCCGCCAGUCCGCGGCCCGCGCUUGAGAAAACAACAGAAGCUGUUGAUCUCGGUAUAGAGAGAACCGAGUCGGUCAUAGAAGAGAAAGAACACUCGCAAAACGAGUCUCGAGAGCGGACCGUUCUCGUCGACUGAUGACGAGCGAACAUAGACCUUAAACAUGUGGAGGUAAGGCUCGUAUGCCCGCGGCCGGUACGAAAGCGGGCUUGAUUAGGUACCAAGAGUUUUUUUAUUCUGAAGAUAUGGCGUUAUUGAUCCGGUGGCGUUCGAUGUGAAAACUUUAUGACAUUUUUGACUUUUCGUUAUGUUUCACGGUUUUGGAAAUAAUAACUUAAUAUUUUUCUGACCAUCUGUAACUGAAAUAAUUCGGUUGAAACCAUGAAUUAUUAGUCAAAUGUCUUGAUUUGGUAGAUUUCGCUCGGUAUUAAUUGCAUGAAUGAAAUCAAUGUAUAAAUGAACUGUAAAUGUAACAAAAUAUAGUGUAUCGAAUGUCAAAACCGUCCAGUAAUGCCAUGUCUUAUUAAGUUUAUUUUUUUAUUUGCAAAAUCUAUUAUUUGUUUGAUCCCUAAACCAAUAUAAGUCACCCGCUAUUGUCAUAUUUAACUAAACUAUCGGUAAUAAACAUUUAUCGACUAUGGUGUGACAAAUAUUAGAAUUGGAUAUUAUCGGAAGGAGACGCUGUAUAUUUUUUCGCUUCAUUUGUCGACCAAAGAAUUUUAUUUUAUAGACAAGAAUGUCAAAAGACGCCAAAUCGCUUAAUUAGGAAAUGUUUCUCACAUCUAUAAAUUGUGGAGUUCAAUAUGAUUGUUGUUAUGGCCCUAUGCCUAUCUUUUAAUUUAGCCGAAAUAAUUGUGGUUCGAAAAUUAUCGAUGCUAACAUCGAUGAAAUAAAAAGUACUAAAUCAUCAACAAAUAACGAUUAUCGAUAUUAGAAAUCGAUUCUUAGGUAUUUAUGUCAGGCGUAUCGAACCCUAUCAAUUUUUAUUUUUAUCAUUUAUUCUCAUAUACAUAACUUUUAUAGAUGUUUUUAAUAGCAGAAAAACAUAAACCACUUUACCAAAAAUUCGCUUAUUAUGAAGUUUGUAUAUACUAAAAUAACCACGUUUCGACGAAUCGAGACAACAAAUUUGUAACGAAAAACAAUUUGUUACACAUUGAUAUUGAAAAAGACAACUGUUUCUUAAUUUUAAACUUUAAGUCGACGACUUAAAUAUGUUUUUAUUUUUUUGACAUACUGCUCGUGUUAUUUUAGACGACGCGAAGUUAAGUAACAUGACAUUAGUGUAAGUUUUGCUUUUAUCAUUUGCCUGUACUAAGGUGCUUGCGUAAAGCUAAGUUUAGACUUUCAAGUUCUCGUAGCAAUAUAUUGCCCAGAUGCGUUAACACUAGCGGCAAUAUCAAUAGUUAUAUUCACAUGCAUCUCGUCACACGUCAUGCAUGUUUCAAAAUUUAUAGAAAUCAGAUUGUUCCAUCACUCAAAGACGUCAACUUCUGUAAGUUUUCUUGCUAAUCUAAACUUCGCUUUAGAUGUAACAUUUUGUUUAUAACGCCAUCUAUUUACUAAUACAUGCACUAUUUUUUGUUAAUGUUUUCUGUUGCCACUUGGUGAUAUUACCGCUUUUAUCCAUAAGGCACAAAUCCAAUCUUAGAAGCUAGGUGUUAAGACAUAAUAUUGUCUGUCUCAUCAUUGGGUCAUAUUGUAUUUAAAAAACGAAUAUAACAGGGUUUUGAGAUUCAUAAAGUUAGUGUAUAGUAAAUUCAAAAAUCAUUUCUUUUAUUUUGUCUCCAACUUACGUGUAAUCAGAGACAUGUUAAAAUAUUGUCGAUGUUUCGAACUUACAUAAUCUGAAACCAUUCGCAAAUCAUAUUUUAUUUCAUAUCUAUAAUUUGUAGUGGAUACUAGCUUGUGUAAAAUGACAAAUAUUAAUAUAAUUGAAACAGGUUAAUAGUCAUGCUGCAUUAACACAUUUAUAAAGCUAAGUAUCGCUUGUGAUCGAAAUUCAUUAAAUUAUUUUCCCAUGCAGAGAAGCAAACGACAUCUUAGCUUAUACAGCCAACCUAAAAACUUUUAUUAACUUUGUUAAAGAGGUUUGUAUAAAAUAUGUUUAUUUUCUUUUACCUGCUACAAUAUAAAAUGAUUUUUCUUAAAAGAGUCGAUCUAAAAAAAGGAAAGUCUUUAUUAUGCGAGUAUAUUCGUCCACUUAUCGCGAAACCAGUAUAACGCGCCCACAAUCAAAGACUGAGCCGACAAACGACCAAAUAACGAAAUCCUUGAUCACAGAGCUACCUUCGAACCACGUCGCAAUGUAUAUUCCACUCAUGAGGUGUAUGCCAAAAGUAUCAAACUAGGUAUUUAUGUCCUAAAGCAUUUAUAAGUAUGUACAUUAACCACUAAACAUUAUGAGAUAUCUAAUGACACCAGGAUGACGAGGGCAUAUAUUCCAUAGAGAACUUUUUAAUAUUCUUGAUACUGUUUUGGUUUUUCUAAUUGUGGCAUCAGACGAACGGCUAGCUCGUCUCGUCGGUCAACAAAUUAUUAAAAAAAUAAGUAAGUCUUGGCACUUUUGGCUUCAUCUCACACACUUACACACUCACUGCCACUAUGAGACAUUAAUAUAUUAUACUAUAACUAGAAUUGACACAAAUAAUAUAAAGAGCGUUCAGUAACUUAGUUGAAAAAGUGACAUUAAAUGUAUGUAGUACAUAAUGCCAUUGUGAAAAAUAAUCAAGACGAGUGACCUUAUAAGAAAGUAAACUUUCAGGCAUCAGCUAAGCUACCUUGCUGUUUACUAAAUCUAAUCAAUACAUACACUAAAAUUGGAACGAUACUACUACACUACUUAUUAAAUAAACUAAGUUUAAUUUAAUUGAAAAAUUCGCGUCACAAAUUGAUUAAUUUUAAUCAGAUUCUGAAGUAGACCAUAAAUCCAAGUAUUUGAUAAUAUAAAUUUUAACUUCAUACCUUUACGCGUUUCUCAGAAAAAGUAUUUAGACAGACAGUAUGGACAAAAAGUGAUACUUUUAAGGUACAAAACCCUAAAAAUGCCCUUAGAACUGAUAAAACCGCUGACAUGCUAGAAAAUUGCAAGGUAGCUAACUUGUUUUGAAAUAAGAGUACGUAAUAAAAUCACAUCAUAUAAUUGAUUUGAAAAUAAAUGGCAAAUAGAAAAUGGUUAUAUAUAAUAAUACCGUACCAAUAUAUUUCUGUAGUUAUAAAACAAUAUAUUUAGUUUACAAAAAGUAACAAUGCAUUUGUGUAGCUCCUUUUUUUCAAGAGAAACAGGUAUAUUUAUUUGAAUGAAUACUAACAACUUUUUAAAUUUAGGACGAAGUAACUCGUCAUUGACGUUGAACGAUAUAUUUCGUGUUUCUUUUUAGUUUGUAAGCUACUGCUAACUAUGUAUUAUAACGAAAUUUAUGUAAGCGGCUAUAAGGCAGUAUUAAUUGUUAUUUUUUUUUCGUAUCGCAUUUUGUUAAAGUAAAACUAUAAUAUAAUCAAUGGGCUAAAACUAUAUUAUAAUCAUAGGAAAUUUUUAUCACAUUUGUUUUGCCCAAAAAUGUUAUGAUUGAAAAACUAUGAGUUGCUUACCAAUUCGGCGUAUGUUUUGUCUCUCUCAGACCAAUGAGAAAGAUGAAGACAUGUAUAUUAAGUACACGUUUUUUUACAAUUAUUUAAAGACAAUUGUAUUUUUAAAAAGAAAAAAUAUUUUUACCUAGUAAAUAAUGAAAUAUUAUUUACUUAUUGAAUUGGCGUUUCGAAGACUUGUUAAUGUUUAAGUGAUAGCCGCAAUGAGCCAGUGUGUAAUGUAUGGAGUUUUGGAGUGUUGUGUUUGUUCGUGGCAGGUCGGAUCUUACAAGAGUUGCUGAUGAUACAAUAGACAGUGUAUCCAGAGAAGUAAAACGACCGCUCAGCAAUUGUAUGAUUGUAUCGACCUCAAUUGAGUGAUGUUGAUGACUUAACGUUUUAAUAACAAUGCUAUGUCUAGUAUCCAAAGUAACAAUUGGAUUCGUUUAUACUUUAAACGUAUUGAUAAAUAAUUGUCUUGUAAGAUCUGUUAAAGCCAUUAAACAUAGUCGAGACUAAUAUAUCGAUGUAAUGACACACUUUGCCACAUAAAAAUAACAUUAAAAUGAAUUCAGUAAUAAAGAUAAUUAUGUGAUUAAGUAUUUAAGAGGCGGAUAAACACGUUUUGAAAAUGAUUUACUGAGUUACUCAUGAUGCGAGCCCGCAGGCCUGUUGCGAAUGUCAAUGUGAAGGUCGUGUGGCACAUUGUCGAUUGAUAGUUAGAUCUAUUAGUAUUUUUUGUCUUUUCUGGCGUCAUCCCGGUUUGAUACCAGUGUUGGGAUUUAAAUCUAUCCUAAUUCGUCUUGUCUUUGGCAAAGAUAAAGAUUUAGAAAGUCCAUUGAUUCUUAAUUUUUAUUCCUGACCCUUUAAAAUCGAUAUUAUCGAUAACAAAUAUCCUGAGGUAAAUAUAGACUACUAGGGCAUAAUAAAGUUAUUAUCUCAUGGUAAUAUCUAAUAACUCGUAAGGUACGAAUCGAUUUAAAAUAAUUAUUAGUCUCGAUUAUGUUAAUACCUCGAUAGAAGUGUUGGCCGUAUUUUGUAAUUCUACUUAGUUCAUAAUUUAGUUAUUGUUAGUGUAAGUACGAACAAGUUGCCUUGUGUAGCGAGCUUUAUUUUUUCUGUCACAAUUUUACCUAGUUUCGAUUAAGGUGCGUGUACACGCGACACGAGUCUACGCUUUUAUAAUAUUUUUUUAUUGUAUGUAAUUAUUUUGGACAUUAGUUUUGGGUUGGACGUGAUUGGGUAUGUAAUAACAAAAAUACAUUUAUACGGUAAAUUCGGUAUUAUUUAUUGCGGCAUUGCAAAUAGUUUCUAUUGAAUUAUUUCUAUGACAGUUUUGACGAAUUAUUGAUCCCAAUCACUUGGUCCAAUCUGGUUCAAAUGUUUGUCAAAGUUUCAAGGAGCUCUAAUAACAGCUACGUACUAGUCAUAUUUAACAACGCGUUGUCAUUAUUAUAAUCUGUGCAAUUUAAUUUCACAUUACUUGUCACAAAUUACGAUAUGUAAGUUUUUUCACUGUAACAAUAAAAGUACAUUUUUUAAUAAAACUAACUUGCUUACGUGUAUUGCAGUGAAAAAGCUAGUUUGAGGUUUAAGAAGUCUACAACAUAAUCGGAUCAUACCAUGACCGUGUCAUGAACGUGUCGGGCACGGAAAGAAACAAGAUGGACUAUUAUGCCCACUAGAAUGCAUCGAUAGCGCUGGCAACAGUGGCUCUCCGUUUCGCUGCCUACGUGUAUCGGUUUGGUAACGUCACUUGCUAUGCAAUUAUUGUUAACAGUCUGCAUUCGGCACGCGACGGUCUUGGUUCGGUGACGAAAUCGACGGAGUACGCAGUCUCAUAUUUAUCAAUACAUUUUUUUUGUGCCUGACACGUUCCUAGCACGGUCAUAGUAUGAAACGGUACAGUGAGCAGACUUGUAAGUACACAUAAUUAUUGGAUAUAACAAUUGUAUUUCUAAGAUAAAUUCAUGUAUAAUCCACUGGUGUAAAUACUUUACAUGAGGUUUGAGGACGGAAUAUCUGUUUUACACCGUCCUACUACUGGACACAUCUAGAAGACGAGGUUUAGGCAUUUGUUCCCCACCCUACACUGGAACCAAGCGGCUCGGUAAAUUCACAUAUUAUGUUCAUUAAAGCUUUCGCGCUGUUUCCUUGUACUGUCCAAACAUUGACAUAAUGAUAGUAUACAAAGCUAGAUGGCAUCAUUUUUUGUCAAGGGUUUUUAUACGAUUGUCAAUAUUGAUUUAAUCGACCCGAGGUGAAGUAUUUAUCUUGUCCAUGGAAUUGAUGUAACACAAGAUGAAUAAUUUUAUUAUCUCGUAACAAGAAUCGGUAUUUCUGUGAACCAGUCAAGUAAGAUGUGUGUGAUGUGACCCUAGAUAAGUUUAAUUCAAAUUUGGAACAGGACCAUCACUAUUAUUUAUCAACUCGGUAAACAAUCCGUGUUAUAAAAUUUCUAUCGUAAUUAUCAUGCUUAAUGUAUCGAUAGUUAGAACAUUGCUCAUUUUUAUCGAUGAAUAAAUCGCACCAGUGGAUUUCCAAAGACACUUGCCAGUUGCCGUCCGAUUUACAACAGUUUCAUCUUACCCACCUUAUUUGUUAUUCAUUAUGUUAGAGCCUGUAUUUAUUAUGUUUUAUAAAACGAUUUUUUAAAGCA